CCGCUGACGCUGCUGUCGGCGUUGAGUGCAGUGACGGAGCACAUCGGCUUGGAUCGCCACCGGCGACCACCACCUACAACGAGCCGUACCACGUGGCGCGCAAGUUCGCCUCGCUGGAUCACCUGAGCGGCGGGCGUGCCGGCUGGAACCUGGUGACCUCGGCCAAUGCCGCGGCGGCGCAGAAUUUCGGGCGUGAUGAGCAUUUGGGUCACGGCGAACGCUACAGCCGUGCCCGCGAGUUCCAUCAGGUGGAGUACAUAUCAGUCAUGAUCAAGCCACGCAAAGCCCCAAAACAGAGUGUCAUGAAAGCCAUACUAGGCCACGUUAACCGUGACUACAUGGCCGACGACGCAAGCGGAGUAGAAAGCCAAUACUGGGGUCAGAUACGCAAUCCGUCGCGCAAUUCGCGCAAACCGCAUCGUGGACUACACCAGCUCAAGAGAACCACCCCUGCAAACAAGGGUGCGAAGGUAUCGACUCAACGGCGACAGCUGGCGACUGGUGACUACAACGUCGAAGCGAUCCAAGAGGUCGAGGCGAAUUCACCGAUUGGUGAUGUACUGGUUGGCGUAGCUUCCAGCGAGAAUCCGGGGCAACUGAUCGGCGUGGCUUCUUCGACGGGACGGAGGCCAUUUGUUGAGCUAUCGGGGCGACGUGGAGAUGAUGUGGAGAUGACGUGGAGCGACGUGAAUGUUCUAACCUGGAGGCGCCUGGUUAAGGGACCAACCGCUACCACCC